CCCCGGGCUGUCCUCAGCAUUGCCUGUUGACUCCGCCGGUAAAGAGACCAUUAAAUCACUCCUUUUGCGGGGCAUCCCCCAUUCGGCGGCGGCUUUCUUCCUGUCGGCCGCGGCCCUUCUCGUGACGCGCCGGGGAUCCCGACAGCAAGCCUCGAGCCGCAGCGGGCCUGAGUCAGGCGUAGCACAGACAGCCCCAGAUCCGCGUCAGGCCCCCGGCCGGCUUCCUGGGGUCCUGGCGCAGCGGCGGCGGCCGAGGGAGAGGAGGGGAGAGGUGGAGGUGGCAGUAGCGGCGGCGGCAGCGACGACAGAGGCGGUGGCGGCGGGAGCGGCCACGAUGUCGACUAAGAACUUCCGAGUCAGCGACGGCGACUGGAUCUGCCCCGACAAGAAAUGUGGAAAUGUAAACUUUGCAAGAAGAACCAGUUGUAACCGGUGUGGUCGAGAAAAAACAACUGAAGCUAAGAUGAUGAAAGCUGGUGGGACUGAAAUAGGAAAGACGCUCGCUGAGAAGAGCCGAGGCCUAUUUAGUGCUAACGACUGGCAGUGUAAAACUUGCAGUAAUGUGAAUUGGGCCAGGAGAUCCGAAUGUAACAUGUGCAAUACUCCCAAGUAUGCUAAACUAGAGGAAAGGACUGGAUACGGUGGCGGUUUUAAUGAAAGAGAGAAUGUGGAGUAUAUUGAACGAGAGGAGUCCGACGGAGAAUAUGAUGAGUUUGGUCGGAAAAAGAAAAAGUAUAGAGGGAAAGCAGUGGGACCUGCCUCUAUCUUAAAGGAAGUUGAGGAUAAAGAGUCCGAGGGAGAAGAAGAGGACGAGGAUGAAGAUCUAUCCAAAUACAAAUUGGAUGAGGAUGAGGAUGAAGAUGAUGCAGACCUAUCAAAAUAUAACCUUGAUGCCAGUGAAGAGGAAGACGGCAAUAAAAAGAAAUCCCACCGAAGAAGUCGCUCCAAGUCUCGAUCUUCCCACUCCCGAUCUUCAUCUCGCUCAUCCUCCCACUCAAGCUCAAGGUCUAGGUCCAGGUCCCGCUCAGGAAGCUCCUCCAGCUCCCGGUCAAGGUCUCGGUCCAGUUCCAGAGAACUCUCGAGAUCUCGUGGGUCGAAAUCCAGAUCCAGCUCCAGGUCCCACAGGGGGUCUUCCUCCCCACGAAAAAGAUCUUAUUCAAGUUCCUCAUCAUCUCCCGAGAGAGGCAGCAAACGAAGCCGUUCUAGAUCUUCUUCACCCGGUGAUCGCAAAAAAAGACGCACCAGAUCACGGUCACCCGAAAGGCGCCGCAGGUCAUCAUCCGGAUCGUCUCAUUCGGGUUCCCGUUCAAGCUCUAAAAAGAAAUAAUGUAUUAAAAUUUACACCUAAAAAAGUCCAGUAGAGUGCAUGAAGCCUAUUUUUAAGAAGUUUGGUGUCUUACUUGGUCAGAAGUGCUUAAUCUGCUAGUCGAGGUGCAUGUCCGUCGUCGCUUUCUGGAAAACUUCAGCUGUGUCCAUUCCUGAAAUUACAAGUCCAUGAGCAUUUUAAGCCAUAAUAGCCCCCGAUAGUUGUCAUUUGUUUGUUGUUCUCUAACUAUUUAAGAUGUGUUUUCUCUAAUCACCAGAGAGCUGGGUGUGACCAUGUUGUUCUUCAUUUUCAAAUGUUUCCUGAUGGUAGAUGAAUCUGCUGACUUGUACACUCGGGUCAACAGAAGGCCCCAAGGCUUCCUGGGCUUUGGGCAUUCUGCCAGUGACUGGAGAGCUGGGUGGAAAAAGCCAUUUCUUCAGGCGUCGUCCCUUGGCAAAGGGACGCUCCGUUCACGAUUAUGCUCGACAGCAGUCAAUGUAGAGAUCCCGGAUGGGGCUUCUCUGUUGUGAAGCUCACCGUGAUGUCUGGAGCUCACGGUGGCUUGGGUUUUCCCUUUUUUACUUGUCCUCAAUGCUGCAUCCUGAGACAAUGUUCAAACCCUGUUCUCAGUUACCAGAGGAAGUGGCUUGUUUCUCCCUAAAUUAAUUGUGGGGCCAGGCACUCAGUCAGUCGUUUCUCUCGUGUUCCCAUCUUUGGCACAGCCCUGUAAGAAACAAACUUCCUUAGACGGCCUUCUGGCCCCGUUAACCUUUCCAGUACUGGUUUAUAAUGGGGAAUGUGUACGCUCGUGGGGGGUGUGCUUUGUUUUGUUUUUUCUUCUUUUUUAUUUUACUUUUCAAUUUUUAAAGAGGUUGGAUGUGGCAUGUUCCUGAAAGCCCGUACCUAAGUGGGCAAACGAGGCUAAAAAUCUGAGACUCCUUAAGGAAGAGGAAAUUGAGAAACUAGCUGGCACGUCUUAACUUCUCCCGUGUGGUUGUAAGCCAGUCAGGCACCGAUGUCUGUGCACGCGGGGGGACGAGCCGUGGGCUCGGCCCUAGUUCGCCUUUCUUAAACUCUGCGUGAGGUUUCCUUCCGCCGUACAGAGGAAUGUUCUCCGUAUGUAACCGGGAAGUGUCGUUGCCCCCAUUCACUCGAAACGGCUUAUGGCUUAAAAUGCUUUCAGGAAUUUGCUCGAGACAUUUCUGUGUCCAAGUCUGGGCUGCCUUCAGGCCUAAGGGGGAGGGGGGUUUCUCUUAACAGUUUCUUCCGUGGUAUCGCAAGGUAAGUAUACAAAAGGGUUAACCGUUAAGUCUGGUGCCUUUGUGUCAUUGAGAAAAGAUGAAGGAAUAGUUUGGUCAUUUGAAUGUGAAAAGGAGCAGCCGGAGCAAAAUUAUACCUAAAAGAAACUCGUUUUAGUUUUCUAUUGGACUGAUCUUAAAAUGAGAGCAAAAUGUGUAGGUAGAAAUAUUUUGAUAAUCUUUUUUGCAGAGAAUUGAACUUCCCCACCAGUUUCAUACCUCUAUAUGAAUCUAUACAUACACACACAGACACACGUGUGGGUGUCCGUACACGUGUGUGUGUGUAUACACACACUUCUUUGCUCAAUGUAGUUGUAGGUCACACAAGAACACUCAGUCUCUUGUCAUUGUGCCUCUGACUUCCUGGAAGUCUCUUCCCUUCUCAAUUGUGAAGAUCGAAUGAUCUGCUAGACGCUACAUGUUCCCUCCCGUGGGUUUCCUCUUGUGUUCUGUACCCUGCCUUCUCUUUGCUGUGCGUAGCAAGCGCAAGUUCUGAAUUUAGCAAAUGGUAGAUCCAGAGAAUUCUGAUGAUUAUGAUUUCAUUUAGUUUCACUAAACUGUACUAGUUCGUUUCAUUACGAAAUGAUGCUGUAGACAAAUGUAAAUAAAGCUUGUGAAUCAAGCA